AUGGACAGCCCCAGUCUUCGAGAACUUCAGCAGCCUCUCUUGUCAGCGGGUGCAGGCAGUGAACUCCCUGCUCAGAAGUCUGACAAACCUGAGCUGGGGUCUCCCUUGAGGGAAACAGCCUUUGCAGAGUGUCUAAGGGGCUGGCAGCCCCCACCACCACCUCUUCCCUCUGUGAGCGCUGGCCUGGGGGAGCUGGACCACCCCGACCUUGAGGACACAUCAUCCAGUGACAGUGACUCCGACUGGGAUGGAGGUGGUCGUCUCUCUCCACUUCUGCCCCACGACCACCUGGGCUUGGCCGUCUUCUCCAUGCUGUGCUGUUUCUGGCCAGUGGGCAUCGCUGCAUUCUGCCUCGCCCAAAAGACCAACAAGGCUUGGGCCAAGGGGGACUUCCACGGGGCAGGGGCUGCCUCCCGUCAUGCCUUCCUGCUGGGCGUCCUCGCUGUGGGACUGGGCGUGUGCAUGUAUGCAGCAGCCCUGGUCACCCUGGCAGCCUACCUCGCCUCCCGUGAUCCACCCUAG